ACCUUUCAGGAUAAGCAUUGAACAUCACAGCCCGAAACCAUUUCUUCUCCAUUUUCCAAAAUAUCCAAUCUCGAUACUUCCCCAUAACUAAAUUCCAUUUCUAACUUGAAAACAAUCAUGAUUCUGUUAGCACUUAUCUUCUGACUCUUUUCUCCUAUAUCUCUCAAUUCUUCUGAAUCUCACACCCUUUUCCAACACUCUUUUUCUUCUUCUUCUUCUCUUUAUUACCAGAGAAAGAAUGUCUGUUCUGGCUGCUGCGAAUUCUCAUAUUUUGUGCAGAGAAUUCUAUCAAAAAGAUAAUCGAACUCAGUUUUGGAGUAACGGGAGUGCCUUGCUUUUGCGAAAGAAUUAUGGGUUUUUGGUUGAUUUCAGAAACAGAGACUGGAAGAAAAUUUCGAGGAGGGACUUGGGAGGAGAGGCGUUUUGGACCAAUUUGGCCGGACCCACCACGGUUGAAAUGGAACCCAUUAACGACUCAAAUCACCUUGAUCAGAUUCUUACUCAUGCAGGAGAGAUUUCUCAGCCUAUUAUCAUCGAUUGGAUGGCUUCUUGGUGCCGGAAAUGCAUAUAUUUGAAACCAAAGUUGGAGAAAUUGAGUGCUGAAUAUGAUAGCAAAGUACAAUUCUAUUGCGUGGAUGUCAAUAAGGUACCUCAAGCUUUGGUGAAGCGUGGAAACAUACAAAAAAUGCCAACCAUUCAGCAGUUAUGGAAAGAUGGUGAGAUAAAAGAAGAAGUUAUAGGAGGACAUAAAGCAUGGCUCGUGAUUGAUGAAGUGAGGAAAAUGAUUAACAAGUAUCUGUAAUUAUCGAUUCGAUCCGAUCCUUCCUUCCUUCCUCACUUCUCUCUCUCUCUCUCUCUCUUCUUAUGUGUAAUUAUAUAUCUUUUUGUACUUGUACUCAAAUCCAUCCUAGGCCACCAAAAAAAAUGUAUAGUUUUACAUAUAUGAGAGGUUAAAUGCCAAAGCAUACGAACUUGUCCCCCACUCCCAACCCCCCCAAAGAAAUUGUACUUUUGGAAUAUGAAGGGCUUCUUAUCUUUUCCAUUUUAA